AUGGUGCCAAAAGCUAAGAAGGAAGCCCCUGCCCCUCCCAAAGCUGAAGCCAAAGCAAAGGCUUUGAAGGCAAAGAAAGCAGUGUUGAAAGGCAUCCACAGCCACACACACACACACACAAAAACCCAUACGUCACCCACCUUCCGACAGCCAAAGACACUGAGGCUCCGGAGGCAGCCUAAACAUCCUCAGAAGAAAACACCCAGGCGAAACAAGCUUGACCACUAUGCCAUCAUCAACUUCCGCCUGACUACCAAGUUAGCCAUGGAGAAGAUAGAAGACAACAGCACACUAGUGUUCAUUGUGGAUGUCAAGGCCAACAAGCACCAGAUCAAACAGGCUGUGAAGAAGCUCUAUGACAUUGAUGUAGCCAAGGUCAACACCCUGAUCAGGCCUGGUGGAGAGAAGAAGGCAUAUGUUCGACUGGCUCCUCACUAUGAUGCUUUGGAUGUUGCUAACAAAAUUGGGACCGUCUAA